ACAGUUUACUUAUUAAACUUCAGUUCACUAUCUGCCUUAGUCAUCUGUGUUUAAGAGUACACAAGCCAUGAAUAUAGCUUUGGGCUGAAUUGGCACCUCAAAAUUCAGGAUUGGUGUGGUUUCUUCUUGUUCUUUUGAGCACAGGUGAUAAUGGCCACAAACCGAGCAGACACCCUUGAUCCUGCUUUGCUCCGACCAGGCCGUCUAGAUCGUAAAAUCGAGUUUCCUCUGCCAGAUAGACGCCAAAAGCGUUUAAUCUUCUCUACUAUCACCAGCAAGAUGAAUCUAUCUGAGGAGGUGGAUCUGGAAGAUUAUGUGGCACGACCUGAUAAGAUCUCGGGAGCUGACAUCAACUCCAUUUGCCAGGAGGCUGGGAUGCUGGCUGUACGGGAGAACCGUUACAUUGUCCUCGCCAAGGACUUUGAAAAAGCCUACAAAACAGUCAUCAAGAAAGACGAACAGGAACAUGAGUUCUACAAAUAAAGAUGGGAAGAGCAGGAGCAAGGCUUGGUUUGGUUGUCUCAGUCCUUGGGGUGGAAGGAGAGGGGCUGUGUUUUUUUUGUGUUUCUGAUAGGCAACAUUUAUCCUGUGAUACUUUUUUUAAAAGAAAAGCUAUCCAGAAAUGCCACUGUUCCCUUCAUCGAUGGAAAUAAGAGACGAGUGUGUGUUUUUUCUCAUCCCCUCCGUUCCCAUUAUGUUCUUGAUCUGCCUAUAUUGUUUUUAUUCUCAGGCUCUAUAGGGAAUAAGAUUUGAAUUGGAUUAACAUUUGCUCCUUUGGGGGAAGGGGAGCGUGGGUGGGAAUAGACCUGCCAGUUAUUAUUCCACCACAGUUCCAUCAUAUCUGAAAUUCGGUCACAAGGUUGGGGCUUGUCAAUAGUCGAAAGCAAUGGUUGGCUUGUAAAGUGCGUGGGUUCAUAUUGCAUGCUUGGUUCACAUGUUAAAACAGUAAAUCAAAAUCAGUCAAACCUUUUUCUAGCAUUGUGUAAUCCCACCUGAAGUUUUCACAGCUUUCCUAAGUUGGACUCUACGUUACACUAAGCUAAGUUUGAUUAAACAUGAUUUGAAGAAAUCUCAGCUUAGACUCGUAUCCCCACCAAGCCACAUUAUGAGUUAAAAAUACAUUGUAUGACCCUGAUUAUCAAAGCGUCGUUUGAUUUGUUAGCAAAUACAGUACAUAAAAUUUAUUCUUAUGGUCCAGAAAAUAAAAGUCUUUUUGUGA